GGCACAACACGUGGAUAGGAAAUCCGAUCAUCUUUGCCGCUGUCAGUGGGGUCUUGAUUCUCAGGGGAGUCAUUGCCCAGCCCCUUCAGGGUCUGGGUAUUUUGGCCGUUGGCCUGGCUGGAUUGGCCGUCUUCGCCUCGAGGUUUGGGUUACGCGGCUUUGAGAGGUCAUCCCCGAUCUGACGGGUCUUAUUUCUCAUGCCUCGCACUCGCCGUGGGGCGGUGGCGCUGCUGCGAGUUAUCUUCCGACGACAUCCUCGGAUGCCUAGUGUUUCCCCAGCGGAUAGCUCAUGUCAGGACGCAACAAAAUCAUGCCAUCAUCAUCUUAUUGUAUAUUGGGGAUCUAUCUUUUCAGCCUUGGGGAGCUUCCGAAGGCCGCAAAGGCAUCUCAACGAAUAUGGAACAUUCGGUCAUCUCAUUUGCAGCCGCUGCGGGAACGCAUCCGCGGCCGCUGCUAUGCGUUCGUUAGGCUUGUACAACUUUGGGUACCAAAAAAACUGCGGCGGCCACGAGGAAGCACGCUACAGGCCGCUAUACUUAGGAUGGGUCGUACCUGUGACACCCGGCUUCUGUAGGCGAAAGGAUUUGACGCGCCUCUCCCCCGCGUACCCAAGAAACCAGGAAUAUGGGUGUUCAAGAAAAGCAUGGCGCAGUCAAUGUAGUUAGAUUACACGCAAUACAAUAAGUUCCGCCGCAAGGGAGGCUUCUGGGUGCCUUGCGUUUCUGUAAGCCGCGGUUUAGUUCUCGCCAG